CCCACGUUUCCCCCCCGCCCCCCCAAAAUCUUUCAGUCUGGGCGGCUACGGCAGCCCAAUGGGUCCAAAGGCUCCUUGCAUGUGGCAGUAGAGUGGAGAGCUUGUGCGCCCGUGAAUGCUGGGCCGUGAUUGGAGCUCUUGGGCCAGACCACGAUGUAAAACGAAAGUAGAUUGGCAGAGGCCCAGCGGCAUGUGCCUGCUCCCUGGCUUUGUAUACACACUUGCCUGCUUAGCCCUUUAACAAUGGGCGAGGGGAGCUGCUCAGCCCCAUGGCAGAGCUGAGCUCCAGGGAAGCGCUGCGGUGAGAUGCCCGGGGACAUGCCUGUGGCUCUCCUGCCGCCGGGGCUGUGAGCGGGGCCGUUGCUCGGGGCUUCGGCUGCUGCCUUUCGCCGUGUGCCGCUGUGACUCUCUGCCGUCUCGUCCUGUCCUGUCCCGUCCCAUGGAGCUGGAGGGGCAGUGGUGGAAAGGACAGCUGGCUGCCGACAUCCACCAAGCGCUUCGCUACAAGGAGCUGAAGCUUCCCUCCUACAAAGGCCAGUCUCCCCAGUUAAAUCUGAGAAGAUAUUUUGCAGACCUGAUUGCCAUUGUGAGCAAUCGUUUCAGACUCUGUCCUGCUGCGCGACAUCUUGCUGUCUAUCUACUGGACCUCUUCAUGGACCGCUAUGAUAUAUCCAUUCAGCAGCUACAUGUGGUUGCUCUUUCCUGUUUACUUUUAGCAAGUAAAUUUGAAGAGAAGGAAGACAGUGUCCCUAAGCUCGAACAAUUGAACAGCUUGGGUUGUAUGACUAACAUGAAUCUGGUAUUAACAAAACAGAACUUGCUACACAUGGAGCUGUUGUUGCUAGAAACAUUUCAGUGGAACUUGUGCCUCCCAACUGCUGCUCACUUCAUUGAAUAUUACCUUUCAAUUGCCGUCCAUGAGACAGAUCUCCACGAUGGCUGGCCAAUGGUUUCCUUAGAGAAGACCAAGUUAUACAUGGCAAAAUAUGCUGAUUACUUUCUGGAAGUAUCUCUGCAAGAUCAUGUGUUUUUAAAUUAUGCUCCUUCGUUAGUGGCUACUGCAUGUGUGGCUUCUUCAAGGAUUAUCCUGCGUCUCUCUCCAACAUGGCCAACUCGACUGCAUCGUCUUACUGCAUACUCUUGGGACUUCCUGGUUCCGUGUAUUGAACGACUGUUAAUUGCUCAUGAUAAUGACGUAAAAGAAGCAAACAAGCAAAAAGGACAACAUGCCCAGCCUGCACAACAGAGCGCGUUUCCUACCCAGACUCCAACUCCACAGCAGGCUCAUGUUCAACAACAUGUAUCACAGUAUCUCCAGGCGCAUCAAGCUCCAUUACAGUAUCACCAUCAAACCUCACAACAGCAAAACUGUCAGCAGAUGGUGUCAACUAGUCACACGUCCUCUUACCCACUGCAGACUUGCCCUGCUGGCUUACAAUCCAGUGUUCAGGCUCGAGGUCACAUACAGACUGGUGCUAGUAUGUCACUAGCAGUUCCAAUAGAAGUGAAGCCAUGUAUAAGUGUCUCGUACAACCGGAGUUACCAGAUCAAUGGACGGUAUCCUUGUAUUACUCCCUGCUUUGAGAGGUGAUGAAUACGAAUUUAGAUACCCUAAUUUUUGUCAAACCUCAAAUAAGUUUGAGGGCAACAAUCUAAAUAAAAGUAGCACUCUUUCCAGAAGGAAAACAGCUGGAUUGGCAUCCGAUUAGCUCAAGUACAGAUUCUGCAAAGAACGAGUAUGUAGUAUGUUUUCUAAAGGGAAUGUGUGCAUGGCAGUCAUGUGCUAAUACUUUUGACACUCCAGUGCACUGUGUGCUCUUAACAGCCACUUUUGAAAUUCAGGUCAAGAGAAAAAUGGCUGUGGACUGGCUAGAGGCAUAUCUUUUAAUGAAGGAGAUAUACAGUAUUACUUUGAAGAGGUCAUAUUUAUGCAAUACUUCCAUAUAGUACUGAAUAAGAUUUACUUUCGGUAAAUUGAAACUUAAGAAUCCACUAAGCAAUGAUGGGCUUCCCCAGAAACACUGGGGCCAUGUAGAGAGAAACAAACUUUCACUGACUAAAUCAGUAAUGCAAUUACUUGUCAUUUUUUUGCUCAUGCUCUUAUAAUGUAAAAUGUAUGUCCAAUUUAAGGCACUUGAGUUAACUGACUUUUUUUUGUUUGUUUGUUUUUAAAUCUUGUGCCUCACAGGACAGAUGUUACAUAUUUUCCUUUUGAUUCAGAUGUUUAGAAUAACACUUUCUCACUAACUCAGGGAAUUAUCUAUUCAGAAUGACUCUGUGCUGCUUGUGUGUACACUUAACUGGGUGUAAUCCAGGGUGGUAUUUCUUUCAGGGCAUCUACAGUGCAGAGUACCAAAGGGAUUUGUAAGUGUAUAAAGUAGAAGUGUAGUCCUAAUUACUCCCUGCCACCCAACAAUCUUGUUAUCAAAUGAUUACAGAGUAGUAGUAGUUUCUUACGUUUAAGCUGAACUAAUACUGUACCAGAACUCAUGGUUGUGAUUUUUUAAAAAAUAUUUUAUUAACACAACCAAUACAAAAUAUCCUCUGGUUUUUCAGUCUAUAAAUUCUCUACACAGAAAAGGCACCGUUAAAUGCUUACAAAAAGUCAGUAUUUCGUAUGUCAGGCUUGGUGCAGGGUGGGAGGGAAAUAAGUUCUCAGGUAAUGCUGUGGCAGCUCCUUCUUCUGCUUCACAGAAGUCUCACAUUGAAGAGCAAGAUCGGCAUUCUCACUGCUGGAACAAAAAUGUAUUGCUAGGUCACAGGCAGGAUGCUCAUUAGCUGUCUGAGCUUCAAUAUUACCCACAAAUCAGAUGGCCUGAGAGUAGGAAGUUUCAUUCCUCCAGCCCCAGAGGAUGAAGGUGGUGUUGAGGAUAGUAUAUUAAUGGAGAAGUUCCUUGUUUACAAAAUCAGGCAGUUGACUCCCCCUGAUCUGGUACGGGAGAGGGAAUUGAUGGAGAGAGCCCUACUGGUUUAAAUGUAUGUUUGUUUUUGUUUAAUUUCUAAUGGCAGCACUUAAAAGCAUGGUUAAAUGGCAGACAUGAGGCCAGACCUUCUAUUACUAUAUGAUCAGUGGAAGUUCACGCACACUAUAUGUUGCAAAGAAUAUUGGGAGUGGGAAAGAAGGGGUGUUUGACAUCAAUAUUAAUAUGGAAGAUUAACUUGGGAGAGGGAGCCAUCUCAAAAUAUUCAGUAGUUGAUGAAGAUACUUCUUCUUGUUCUGAUGGCUCUUCCUGGAGCUGAACCAUAUGUUGCAAUAACCCAUCCUUUAUUACGGAGGAGAAGAAAUCCUCUGUGUCUAUAGUUAUUUUAACACACAUCAUGUUUCAAAUUGUCCUUUUCUCAUGGGGAGAGAGGUGGAGUGGAGGAUUGGGAGAAUGUGUAAGGGGAAAUUAAGCCUCUCUACUUCAUGCUAGAGACUGAACUUCCAGGUGAGCACAAUAUCAACUAUUUUUACCUCCUCAAAGAGCCACCUUUCUUUUUCCCUCCAUCACUCCCCCAAAAUUAUUUCUUUUUUGGUGGGAUGGGGCAAGCAAGUUUCCUACCUCCUAAAAUGCCUGAACUGUUUUUCAUUUAAGUUUGGAGAGAAGGGGAAUAGAACCAAAAGGGAAACUGUCUUCCAUCUUCAGAUUUCAGUUUAUUGCAAUGCUAGGUCCAAGUUUUCAGUACUCUAACUACCUCGUUUAUGUGAAUGUACAGUGUUCUGAUGGACCAUGACUUGAAAUAACAGCAGAUGCCUGUAGCAAUUUGUCUGUAAAAUGCAUAUCUUGGCUAAAUGUCAUCUUUAAUUGUGAUGGAGCAGUAUAGAUUCUUUUGAAAUAUUAGUAAAUCUAUCUCAAGUAUUUUAUAUAUAAAAUUAGGUAAUUAACACUGGAAUUAUAGGGGUGAUUAUUCAGUUAGUUAAUACAGCAAAGUCUACAUAUAGUAGGGUAUUUUGAUUGUGUUUUAAGGCAUUAGGCUUAACUGUAAAAGGAUCCACUACAUGCUUUUUUGUUUUUUUUAUUUAUUAUUUAGUUUGUGUCUGACAUUACAGUAUCAAUGAAAACAGAGAAAGCGUGCACUGUGAACAAUUCCAAUGUGUUAUUGAAAAAGGGCUUUACCAGUGUCCAUUAAAUACACUACUUCAGGUUCUUACUGAGCGAACCAGAAUGUGCAUUUAAUGGCAUAAUUAAAAAUGAUCAUAAAUGCAAAACAUCCACAACAAUGGAAUCUGGAUGAGUGCUAUGCACUUGGAUUUUUUUAAAAAAUAAAACUAGUUUUGAGUAAAUCA